UUCGGCUGUGGCCCACGAAGCCUCGCACUCCGGAAACGGUCAGGAAUUUUUUUGGUCUCGAUCACUUAAGCACUGAAAAAAAAUCGUGGAAAUCAGUUUUUUAAACCCCCACAAUGGCCGAGGAAAAUGAUCAUCCAACAACCAAUAAUGCCUUGUGGUCACUUCAGGGCCGGGAAAGGCCGAAUCCCGCCCAGCGACUGCAUAACCUCACCUCGGCCGGUGCUGCUACAACCACCUCCUCCACAUCGUCUUCAAUCUUUACCAAUCCCGGCGUGCCACCAUCCAGCGUGAUCAACUUGUCGCACUCCACCGAUGUGGUCAUUGGUCCUAUGACCCAAUAUCAGGGACCGGUAUCUAUAUACUAUAUGGAUUACAUGGAGGCACACGCCAUGCAAACGGCAGCAGGAAUCAACAGCAACCAUGGAAAUGGGAGUGGCAGCGCCCACCAUGGCCGCGAUAAGUCACCAUCGAAGCGAAUGACAAGGAACACUAUCCUCUUGAUCACACUAAUCCUUCUGGUACUCUCCACCGCUCUGAUAGUACUCUACGUAGAGCUCAGUCGUUCGCGGCAGGACGUCGUGGUGCCCAGUAACAAGGCAAUUUUCUUUGGCAAUAACUACGAUCACGAUACGUUUCCGAAUCUAGGAAACGGACACCUGGUCAUCGAUCGGGAGCAGUGGGGAGCGGCCAAGACCACUCCAGCCUUGAAUAUUCCCCUGCAGCGACCCAUUCCCUAUGUCCUAAUCACGCACGUUGGCGUCCAGUCGCUGCCCUGCGAGAACAUCUACAAAUGCUCCAUCAAGAUGCGCACCAUCCAAGACUCUGCCAUAGCAGAGAAGGGUCUACCGGAUAUUCAGUCUAAUUUUUAUGUCUCUGACGAGGGCAACAUCUAUGUGGGCCGCGGCUGGGACUGGGCCAACACGUAUGCGAACCAAACACUGGCACUUACCUUUAUGGGAGAUUACGGCCGAUUUAGGCCCUCGGCCAAGCAACUGGAAGGUGUCCAAUUUCUGUUGGCCCAUGCAGUGGCUAACAGCUAUCUCGAGGUGGAUUACAAGCUGGUGGGGCAAAAUCAGACCAAGACAACAAAAAGUCCGGGCGCUUAUGUCUAUCAAGAGAUCCGUAAAUGGCCGCACUUCUACGGCUGCGGUUUGGACGACGAGGCCCCGGCGUGUGGCAUCGAGCUGGGAAUGAAACCGGAAUCUUGGAUGGGCAAGCAGUAGAGCCAACAGCGUCACAGACUUUUUACCACCUAAGUGUAGCCAAGCACAAAAUAUAUAUUUAAUACGUA